AUGUGUUUAGAUAGAAAAUUAAAAAUAAGUUGGUCUAAAAAUGGGUUCAUUGCAUAUUCUGAUUUAACACCAACUAGUAACUUAUCAAUAACUAAAUUGGAAUCAAUUAAAGGUUCUUCAUGGAGAUUGUCACCUAAAAAGAUAUAUCAAAUUAAAACAAAUCCAUUAUCAUCAUUAAAUCCAAUUACAAAUGUUUAUUGGUCAACUUCAGGUAUGGACCUUGCCAUCAUUGAUGAUCUUGGAAACCUUACAAUUCUUUCUACAGGUGUUUUGAAAACAAAUUCUUCUCAUCAAUUAUCAUGUUUUGAAGAUGUUGAUAUCAUUUAUCAAGAUGAUGUUUGUGAAAGACCUUUAAACACUAAACAACCAAAAUUAUUAAAUUCAUCUCAAAAUGGUGGUGAUUCAACCACAAAAGUUAUAUCAUUUAAAUGGUUGAAUGUUGAUAAACCAAUCAUUUCAAAUUCACCUGCUGUUAGAGUUCAUACUACACAAGAGUCAAUGGUCUCCUCAGGAGCCGCUGCAGAUGGUGCUGCUGCUUCUUCAGAUUCUUCAGGUUAUGCAUAUAGCUAUGCCGUUCAUCAAUAUAAAUCAUAUGGUAUAUUACAUCCAAUUCAAGGUAAAUCUGGGUUCUUUGCAGUACGAAGAAAUGGUGAAGUUGAUUUUUAUUAUCAGGCAACAGUUCAAGGAUCAGAUUUUCAAAAAACAAGUGUAUUAUUAGAAGAUGUUGAUAAUAUUAAUUCACUUUGGUUGAAACAUGCAGAUAUUGGGUUUAAUAGAGAUGGUUCAUUGAUUGUUGCUACUUAUAGUCCCCUUGUAAAAGCUUUAAGGGUAUAUCAAGUUAAAAUAGAUUGGGGUACUGUUAGCUCAACUACUAAAUUGUCUCCAAAAUUAUCAGUUGUGAAAUUGGUAUCUGAGCCAUUGAAUAUAAUAGGAGAUAAUGGCUUUCCGCAAGAAUUGAAUGGAAUUGAUAUAAUAUCACCUAAUUUCUCAUUAGAUACAGAACUUGAGAUUUUGUUAACAUUUAACGGACCUGGUGUUGUUGGUGGUAAGACUUUAUUGAAAAAACUUCAAUUAUCAAAUGAGUUUAAAAACUUAAGAUUCAAGAACGAUGGUUUUAAUAAUGAUAGUGCUAUAACGGUUGAAAAUUAUACAAAUUUAGCUUCAACUGGUGAUAUUUUACUACAACAAGAGGUUUUAGAUAUAUCUUUCAAAAAUUUUGAAUUUAUAAUAGCAAUUACAUUGGCAAAUGGUGAAAUUCAAUUAAGAAAUAGAAAAUCAUUAAAUCUUCUGGGAAACAAGAAUAAUGAACCAAUACCACAAUCUAUCUCAACUCUACUUGAUGCAGGAUAUGAAUUUCCUUUACCAGGAUUCAAACCAGAUGCUGUUUCAAUAUCACCAAAUAUAUGUGGUUAUGUUGUUUACAAUCCACAUGAUCGUUUAUUAAAAUAUCAUACAACCUCAAGACCAACCUCAAACUUGGUUAAAGGUGAAGUACUGACGCUAUCUGCAGCUUUUGGUUAUAAAUAUUCAUCAGCAUGUUUCACAAAUCUAUCUUCAGAUGAUUUGAUAAUUGCUAUUCAAAGUGAAAUUUUCAAAAUUAAAGAUACACAAUUGAAAAAUCAACUUAUAUUAGCCAUAUUAGAAGAAAGUCAUAGAGCUUUAAACUUCUCGUUAGAUCAUUCAAAAGAUCAAAUUGAUAGAUUACUUGUUAACCCUCCUAUUCAAAAGCUUCUAUCUUUACAAUAUUCAUUGGGUAAAUUAACAUCUACUAAUGAAACCACAUUAAUAGCAUUAUCGAUCCUGAAUUUAAGACUUGUUGCUUUCAGUUUAAUGUUAAGUUUGAGAACUUUAUUUCAUCAUCAACAAAGAGUUACUAAAAAGGGGAAUGAAAGUUUAAUGGACUCUAUAUAUAGAAGUGAAAGUGUUUUAAGUACUUUAGGUACCAUUAAUUGGUUUAUGGAAUUUUUGAUUUUCACUGUUCAAGAGUUGAUAAAUGUUGUUCAUAGUGAUGACUUGCAAGAUAAAAGCCAUUUUAACACCAUUAUGCUCUCGUUACUUUUGUCCAAGAUUCCAAGAUCACUAAUGGUUUAUUCUAUUGCUGGUAUCAAAAGAAUUGAUGGAUUUUUGGUGAAAGUACAAGAUUUGAACAAUACAAGUAAUCCAGGAUCUUUGAAUAUGGAAGUUUUAAAUAAAAGUAUUGAAAGAUAUAAACAUUUGUUGACAUUGAUUGACUUGGAUAAAUUUGAAAAAUUUCUUUCAGACACUGAAAACUUAUUUCAUAGGCAAUUGGAUAAAUCAUCAGCAUUAAGUAUAGAACAAACCUUGGUGUUCCAAAACAAGAUUCCAUCAGGUUAUCAAGUUUCAAUUGAUGCGAUGCUAAACAAAUUUCAAGAAUUAUUACAAGAUUCACCAAAUUUAUCGGAAUUAUAUUUCCAUGAUACAAGAUGGUUGAACUUACAAAUCAGAACAAACAAAAAUCCAAGUAAAAUUUUUAAAGGCCCAGAGGACAAAGUACCAAUUCUUUUUGGUACCAAUGAAACUUUAAUCGAUGAUGUUACAAAAGUUGUCAUAACAAACAAGGAAAAAUUGAAAAAAUGUUUAAGAUGUGAAUAUAUUACUUCAAAUGAUACUGAAGGAUAUUUUUCAAGCUCAAUCAAAGGAGCCAGUUCCAAUGCUAACUUGAAUCAUUGGCCCGUUGCAUUUCAUAGAACAUGUCUUUGUGGUAGUUGUUGGGUUUACAUCACACCUAAUGAAGUAUCUCAAGGCUUCUAA